ACCGAAUCUUCUAUAAUGGAGUUCUCGCGUUCAUCUUCAUUGCAAUUGAUUCUUUCUCUUUGUUGUAUUCUCCUUUCAUUUCUGGUUUUUAGAUCCCAAGCUCAAGCAACACUCGACCCAAAUGAAGCCAUGGCUCUGAGAUCAUUGUCAGAAAAAUGGGGUAUUUCUUCUUCAGCUAGCUGGAAUAUCAGUGGUGAACCUUGCAGUGGAACCGCCAUUGAUACUUCACAGAUCGAAGACAACAACCCUGCAAUUAAGUGCUCUUGCACUAGCACUACUUGCCAUAUUACACACAUGAGAGUCUAUGCCAUGAGUGUUACUGGAAGCUUUCCGGAAGAGAUUGGGAAUCUGACUUCCCUAACAAAUUUGAACCUCGCUCAAAACUAUCUAACCGGCCAUUUACCAACAUUUAUUGGAAAUCUUACCUCUAUGCAAUACUUCACCGUGGGUAUCAACAUGCUAUCUGGAACUGUUCCGAAGGAGCUUGGCAAUUUCCUAGAUAUACGCUCACUGAGUUUUAGUUCAAAUAACUUCUCGGGCGAGCUACCUCCUGAGCUCGGUGAUUUGGUUACUCUAGAACAACUCUACAUUAUUAGCGCAGGUGUAAGUGGUGAGAUUCCUUCAACAUUUUCCCAAUUGAAAAAUCUGCGUACUUUGUGGGCAUCAGACAAUGGUUUCACUGGGAAGAUGCCUGACUUCAUUGGAAAUUGGACAAAACUCGAAACAUUGAGGCUUCAAGGAAAUUCUUUUCAAGGUCCAAUACCUUCAAGUUUUGACAGCCUAACCACAUUGAGGGAUCUGAGAAUAAGUGAAUUGUCUAAUGGGACAUCAUCCUUGGAUUUCAUAAAGAAUAUGAAGAAUUUAACUACCCUGGUAUUGAGGAAUAAUAUGAUCUCUGGUAUGAUUCCAUCUGAUAUUGGGGGCCAUGCUCAGUUAGCUCACUUGGAUUUGAGCUUCAAUAGCCUGACUGGUGAAAUUCCAAGCUCUCUUUUUAAUAUGAGUUCUCUUUCCUUCUUACUUUUGGGAAACAAUAACUUGUCUGGAAGUCUUCCUCAGCAAAAAAGCUCAUCUCUUUCUAAUAUAGAUUUAUCUUACAAUCAAUUAACCGGAAGCUUUCCUUCAUGGAUGAAUGUUCAAAAUUUAACAAUGAAUUUGGUUGGGAACUCCUUUGUAAUUGGAAAUUCCAACAACAGUCUUGCUCCUGCAGGUUUGCAUUGUCUUCAACGGACCUUCCCAUGCAAUCGAAAUGCUCCACGUUAUUCCUCAUUAGCCAUAAAUAGUGGUGGCAAACAGAUGACAUCAGCUGAUGGAACAGUUUAUGAGCAAGAUAAUGUCACCCUUGGAAUGGCUUCCUAUUAUGUAACUGACACACAAAGGUGGGCCAUAAGCAGCACUGGGAGGUUUCUUGAUAGUCCCAGGCCCCGGUAUAUUGAAACCAGUCAAUCCCAGUUCACAAACAUUUCAGACUCGGAGCUUUUCCAGACAGCAAGGUUAUCUCCGGGAUCCUUGAGAUACUAUGGCCUAGGCCUUGAAAAUGGGGAGUACACUAUUAGACUGGAAUUUGCUGAACUAGCAUUUGCUACUCCACCUGACUGGCGGAGUGUUGGGAGGCGUGUUUUCGAUGUUUAUCUCCAAGGGAAAUUACAAUUGAAGGACUUUGAUAUCAGAAAGGAAGCAAGUGACUCUUCAUUUAGAGCUGUUUCCAAGACAUACAAAGCAAAUGUGACAGAAAAUUUCCUUGAAAUUCAUCUCUUUUGGGCUGGUAAGGGUACUUGUUGCAUACCCAAUCAAGGAUACUACGGACCUCUGAUUUCAGCUGUUAAAGCUACUCCAGAUUUUGUGCCCACUGUUAGCAACUUACCACCAAGCACAUCCUCAAAACAGAACAGAACCGGGUUAAUUGUUGGGAUUGUGGUUGGUUCUGGAGUCCUGUUUCUCAUUGCCAUAUCAGCAAUUUUCAUAGUCAGACAAAGAAAGAAAAAAGGGCUAUCAGAUGGAGAGUUCCUUGGAAUGGGUGCCAGGCCAAACACUUUUAGUUAUGCUGAACUGAGGACUGCAACUGAGGACUUCAAUGCUAAGAAUAAGCUGGGAGAGGGAGGAUUUGGUGCUGUAUAUAAGGGUACACUACCGGAUGGAAGAACUGUAGCAGUGAAACAACUGUCAGUAACUUCUCGCCAAGGAAAAAAUCAAUUCAUCACCGAGAUUGCGACAAUGUCUGCAGUGCAGCACCGCAACCUCGUGAGGUUGUAUGGGUGCUGCAUAGAGAGAGAUCAGCGACUCUUGGUCUAUGAGUAUCUGGAAAACAAGAGCCUCGAUCAGGCACUAUUUGGGAAGAGUAAACUACAUCUUGAUUGGCCUACCCGCUACAGUAUUUGCAUGGGAACAGCUAGAGCGCUGGCAUAUCUUCACGAGGAGUCAAGGCCUAGAAUUGUUCACAGAGAUGUAAAAGCUAGCAAUAUACUCCUUGAUGCUGAUCUCAUUCCCAAAAUCUCGGAUUUUGGUUUGGCCAAGCUUUUUGAUGAUACGAAGACCCACAUUAGCACCAGAGUUGCAGGAACAAUAGGCUAUUUGGCCCCAGAAUAUGCCAUGAGAGGGCACUUGACAGAAAAAGUGGAUGUAUUUGGAUUCGGAGUGGUGGCUCUCGAGGUUCUUAGUGGAAGACCCAAUGCAGAUACCAGCCUAGAUCAAGAGAAGAUUUACCUCCUGGAAAGGGCUUGGCAUCUGCAUGAGAACAAUCAAGAGAGAGAACUGGUGGAUCAGAGGUUGACAGAUUUUAACGAAGAACAAGUGACCCAAAUUAUCGGUGUGGCCCUCCUUUGCACGCAGGCUUCUCCUAUGUUACGCCCAUCCAUGUCUCGAGUGGUGGCCAUGUUAGCUGGAGAUAUGGAGGUGGCCACUGUUUCAUCAAGGCCUGGUUAUUUAACUGAUUGGCAUUUCGAUGACAUUAAUAGCUUAGUUAGCCAGGAUUAUACUCCGGGGUCUGCCACAAGAGUCAAUAAUACAGAGAGUGAGAUAUCCUUCUCUCACAGCACAACCUUUAAUACAUCACCCAUGAGUUCCGGUCGACCAAUGCUGCAUGGGGGUAUCGAUAAAGGGAGGUCCGUGGCUCUGAGAUCAUUGUCAGAAAAAUGGGGUAUUUCUUCUUCAGCUAGCUGGAAUAUCAGUGGUGAACCUUGCAGUGGAACCGCCAUUGAUACUUCAAAGAUUGAAGACAACAACCCUGCAAUUAAGAGGCUUCAAGGAAACUCUUUUCAAGGUCCAAUACCUUCAAGUUUUGCCCGCCUAACCUCAUUGAGGGAUCUGAGAAUAAGUGAAUUGUCUAAUGGGACAUCAUCCUUGGAUUUCAUAAAGAAUAUGAAGAAUUUAACUAUCCUGGUAUUAAGGAAUAAUAUGAUCUCUGGUAUUAUUCCAUCUGAUAUUGGGGGCCAUGCUCAGUUAGCUCACUUGGAUUUGAGCUUCAAUAGCUUGACUGGUGAAAUUCCAAGCUCUCUUUUUAAUAUGAGUUCUCUUUCCUUCUUAUUUUUGGGAAACAAUAACUUGUCUGGAAGUCUUCCUCAGCAAAAAAGCUCCUCUCUUUCUACUAUAGAUUUAUCUUACAAUCAAUUAACCGGAAGCUUUCCUUUAUGGAUGAAUGCUCAAAAUUUAACAAUGAAUUUGGUCGGGAACUCCUUCGUAAUUGGAAAUUCCAACAACAGCGUUACUCCUGUAGGUUUGCAUUGUCUCCAACGGACCUUCCCAUGCAAUCGAAAUGCUCCACGUUAUUCCUCAUUUGCCAUAAAUAGUGGUGGCAAACAGAUAACAUCAGCUGAUGGAACAGUUUAUGAGCAAGAUAAUGUCACCCUUGGAAUGGCUUCCUAUUAUGUAACUGACACACAAAGGUGGGCCAUAAGCAGCACUGGGAGGUUUCUUGAUAGUCCCAGUCCCCGGUAUAUUGAAACCAGUCAAUCCCAGUUCACAGCCACUUUAGACACAGAGCUUUUCCAGACAGCAAGGUUAUCUCCAGGAUCCUUAAGAUACUAUGGCCUGGGCCUUCAAAAUGGGGUGUACACUAUCAGACUGGAAUUUGCUGAACUAGAAUUUCCUACUCCACCUGACUGGCGGAGUACUGGGAGGCGUGUUUUCGAUAUUUAUAUUCAAGGGAAAUUGGAAUUGAAGGACUUUGAUAUCAGAAAGGCAGCAGGUGACUCUUCAUUUAGAGCUGUUCCCAAUACAUACAAAGCAAACGUGACAGAAAAUUUCCUUGAAAUUCAUCUCUUUUGGGCUGGUAAGGGUACUUGCUGCAUACCCAAUCAAGGAUACUACGGACCUCUGAUUUCAGCUGUUAAAGCUACUCCAGAUUUUGUGCCCAAUGUUAGCAACUUACCACCAAGCACAUCCUCAAAACAGAACAGAACCGGCUUAAUUGUUGGGAUUGUGGUUGGUUUUGGAGUCCUGUUUCUCAUUCUCGUAUCAGCAAUUUUCAUAGUCCGAAAAAGAAAGAAAAGAGGGCUAUCAGAUGAAGAGUUUCUUGGAAUGGGUGCCAGGCCAAACACUUUUAGUUAUUGUGAACUGAGGACUGCGACUGAGGACUUCAAUGCUAAGAAUAAGCUGGGAGAGGGAGGAUUUGGUGCUGUAUACAAGGUAAAACUAUCGGAUGGAAGAACUGUAGCAGUGAAACAACUGUCGGAAACUUCUCACCAAGGAAAGAAUCAAUUCAUCACCGAGAUUGCGACAAUAUCUGCAGUGCAGCACCGUAACCUCGUGAGGUUGUUUGGGUGCUGCAUAGAGGGAGAUCAGCGACUCUUGGUCUAUGAAUAUCUGGAAAACAAGAGCGUCGAUCAGGCACUAUUUGAGAAGAGUGAACUACAUCUUGAUUGGUCUACCCGCUACGAGAUUUGCAUGGGAACUGCUAGAGGGCUGGCAUAUCUUCACGAGGAGUCGAGGCCUAGAAUUGUUCACAGAGAUGUAAAAGCUAGCAAUAUACUCCUUGAUGCUGAUCUCAUUCCCAAAAUCUCAGAUUUUGGUUUGGCCAAGCUUUAUGAUGAUACGAAGACCCACAUUAGCACCAGAGUUGCAGGAACAAUUGGCUAUUUGGCCCCAGAAUAUGCCAUGCGCGGGCAUUUGACAGAAAAAGCUGAUGUAUUUGGAUUCGGAGUGGUGGCUCUCGAGAUUCUUAGUGGAAGACUCAAUUCAGAUACAAGCCUAGAUGAGGAGCAGAUUUACCUCCUGGAAUGGGCAUGGCAUCUGCAUGAGAACAAUAGAGAGAUAGAACUGGUGGAUCAGAGGUUGACAGAUUUUAACGAAGAACAAGCAACCCGAACUAUCGGUGUGGCCCUCCUUUGUACGCAGGCUUCUCCUAUUUUACGCCCAUCCAUGUCUCGCGUAGUGGCCAUGUUAGCAGGAGAUAUAGAGGUGGCCACAGUUUCAUCAAGGCCCAGUUAUUUGACUGAUUGGCAUUUCAAUGACAUUAAUAGCUUAGUUAGCCAGGAUUAUACUCCUUCCACAAGAGUCAAUAAUACACAGAGUGAGAUGGACAGCACAACCUUUAAUACAGACUCUUCACCCAUGAAUGCCAAUCGCCCAAUACCGCAUGGGGGUAUCGAUGAAGGGAGGUGAUGUAUGAUGUAAAUGGAGCCUAAAAGAUGAUGUUUGUUUCAUUGUUGGUUUUUAUUGGACUCUCUCUCUCUCUCUUUUAGAGGUUACUCACCAGCGCAGGAGAUGCUCUCAAUGAUUACUUGCUAGCAAAGAAGAUGGUUUAGUGACUCACUGAGAUGUAUAUUCUAUCUGAAGGUGAGCUUUGAGUUUUGUGCUGUGUUUUAAUUGUUUGAAUAUUUCCUGUUGUACAUUUUUGUAUUAUCAACUACGACUGAGCCUUCUCUAUGUUUCUGGUUAUUGGGGAUAAUUGCUUCAUGUAAUGUGUAGACGCAAUCUAAAUGGUGAAAGGCUCUGGGUUUUCGUUGUAUUUAUUGUAUUGCUGUUUGUUUGUGGCUUUUGUAUAUCAUCAAAUUUUAUUCA